GCCGCAGCGCGAUCACCAUCGCCGUCCUCACUCAGCCGUCCGUUAUCCUUACAUCCUGCUGUGUUAAACUGACGACAUCACGCGGAGGUUUGUGAACUGGUGCAAGAGCUGCGGAGACGUCUUUCAGAUGAUUUCUCUGGUGCUGUUGAGCAUGUGCGUACAUUACACCAUCGGCCAGGACCCUGCUCCUUGCUCAUUCAACCCCAUGUGCUCCUGCAGGAGUGCCGACCCUUCCGCCAUCAGGGACGUAUCCUGCCUCGGAGUGCCUUUCUCAAAGCUACCAGACCUGCCACAUCGACAGAUCUCUCACGUAGACGUAGUGGGGGCCGGGCUGGAGGUGAUGGACAACGAUUCUUUCAGUGCAGAGGUGGAGACUCUAAGACUAAUCACCAACAAUAUCAUCUCCUUAUCUAACACCACUUUCUUAAGCAUGGCGUCGACUUUGAGAUCACUCGACAUGAGUCACAACCAGCUCCAAAGCCUUCCGCUCGUUCCUCUCUGUUCACUCACGUCACUCAGCUGGCUUAAUCUACACGGCAACCAAAUCCCGUACUUGUCCAACCAGUGGUGCCACCUGUCGACCACGCUGUCCAACCUCUUCUUGGGACAAAACGACCUCCAAGACCUCGAUCUCUCCUUGAAGAACCUCUCCCACCUGGAGUGGAUCACCUUGGAUCAUAACAAACUGAGGUCGGUACCUCGGGGCAGUCUGCCCGACACCCUCCACACUCUCAGCGUUCAGCACAACUUGCUGUCAGAGAUACCGGCUCGAACAGUCGACCAGCUCACUUCCCUCGUCAGGCUUUAUUUACGGGGAAAUCUUAUCAGCAGAAUCCCGCCUUAUUCCUUCAGGACUAAGAAGGCCCUGGACAAGCUGGACCUAGGAAACAACAGGAUAUCGGACUUACCGCCUGCUUGGUUCAACAGUUCUAUCACGAUAAGGGACCUCAAUCUCGAGUUCAACAACAUCAGAGUACUCAGAGAGUUUGUCUUCAGGACUCUAAACUCGGGCAGAAUAGUUUUAGCUAAUAACGCGAUAGUAAAUAUUAGCAAAGAUGCCUUUGCGGGCUUGGAGGAAUCAUUAGAAUAUGCGGACUUGGAAGGGAAUUUUAUUAGGAACGUAUCACUUAUAUUCAGUAAACUUCGGAAGUUGAAGUUUCUGUACUUGCCCAAUAACAGGCUCUCACAAUUAGAUAACGAGGACUUCAGAAACUUUGCCGGUUCACUUAAAGCCUUAUCUUUGGCGGGAAAUUUAUUUUCAGAAAUUCCACAAAAUGGGCUGAGGAGUUGUUCUCAACUUUCACAUUUGAACAUCGGCUACAAUCAGAUUUUGGAAAUAAAAGCCAUCGACUUCGAAAAUUGGGGAACACAUUUGGAUACACUAUUGCUGAUGAACAACAGAAUAAUGUACCUAAGCAAUUAUCUUUUCCAGCACACUCCAAAUUUGAGGGAACUUAGCCUCUCAUUCAACAAAAUUGUCGAUAUAGAGCCACACACAUUCAUGGAUGUGGCGAGGAGUUUAGAGAGCUUGGAGAUUAGUUUUGGUCUGUUCAGUGAAGAGUUUCCUGAAGACGCUCUUCGACCUUUAAGUUCUCUUCUGUGGCUAGCCCUCGAUAACAACAAUAUCAGAACAGUUCACAGAACAUCUCUCUAUACAUUUAGUAACCUCCAGUAUCUGAACUUGGAUUUCAACAGAAUCGCCCACCUGCCGGAGGGAUUAUUCAACUCCCUCAUACAUACACACCUGAGGGACGUAAGGCUCGGGUAUAACUUACUGAACAAGUUAGGGACUGAAACCUUCUCCUCUCUCCAUGAUUUACAGACUGUUGUCUUGACCGGUAACAACAUCAGGUAUGUUGAGCCGAAGACGUUUAAGGAUCUCAACAACAUCAUGACUAUAUUAUUGACAGAAAAUAACCUCCUCAAAAUAUCACCGCAUGCUUUCUUUAACCUUCCCAGUUUAGUAAGAUUAGAUUUGCAAUUGAACGACAUGAAAUAUUUUACCUUCGAUGCUUUCGUCAAUACCUCCAUUAUCCAUCCAAUGACGCUCAAUAUUUCUCACAAUAAAAUAUCCGACUUGUACUGUAACUACAACAAACCAUUCAUAAAGAUAAAGGUGUUAGAUUUGACCAGUAAUGAAAUUCGAGAAUUUCCAUCGAAAACGCUCGAAAUUCUGAGUGGCUACUUGAGAAAGCUUUACUUAGGUUUCAAUAGAAUCGAUUCUGUAUUACCGAACACAUUCCUGAACAUGACAUUUUUAAAUGUGCUCAAUCUUGAUCACAACAGAAUCAGUAUUAUAAAGAAGCGCACAUUCUUUGGUUUAACUCAACUUCAAAUUUUAGAUCUUUCCUCCAAUGGAAUGAAACAUUUACAAUCAGGCUCGUUCACAAGUGUGAGCAACUUGAGGAUCAUCAACCUCCGAAACAACAAUUUGAGAACUAUUUCUGCGCGCCUCUUUCAGAGUACGAAGCUGGAGAGACUCGAUUUGUCCCACAAUGACAUUUCGAAUGUUCCGGACUUGGAAGAUGUCGGAUCGACGAUGAGGGAAUUGGAUUUGUCCUACAAUCUACUGGAGUAUUUGGAAAACCAAGUAUUUCGAAAGGUACCGUUGUUGACGACAUUGAACGUUUGCAAUAACCGACUGACCGUACUUCCUACGGAUGUGUUUUUAGGUUUCAAUAGCCUUAUCAACCUCCAUUUGUGUUCCAACCCACUGAGAGCAAAUUUCAGGGAGUUGUUCUCUUUCACUCCUCAGCUGAGGCGUCUCGACCUCUCGUCCGUGUCUCUGACCAGCGUCCCUCCACUCGCCAUCCCGUACCUCGUCCAUCUCAACCUCACCAACAACCUCAUUCAGGACGUCCACCCCUCCAGCGCGGACGGCCUUCCACGUCUCCGUACUCUUCUGCUCAGGGCCAACCACCUCCCGUCCAUCCCCAACCAGGCCUGGUACCGCCUGCCGCUGCUGAAGGAGCUGGAUCUCUCCUUGAAUCCGAUUAAGGAGAUUACCAACUCGAGUUUCUCCUCCCUCCGGCGCCUCGACUCCCUGAGGUUGACGGAGCUGUCGGACCUGGAGCGUGUAGAAUCCGGUAGCUUCUCCGGCCUGAGAUCCCUCAGCUCCCUCCACAUCCAGAAGGUGUCCACCCAGCUCCACAACCUCAGUCUGCCCAGGCUCAGGCAUCUCGAGCUGACCGGCAGAGCUGUCCACCCAGCUCCACAACCUCAGUCUGCCCAGGCUCAGGCAUCUCGAGCUGACCGGCAGUCAGAGCUGUCCACCCAGCUCCACAACCUCAGUCUGCCCAGGCUCAGGCAUCUCGAGCUGACCGGCAGGUUGACAAGCGUGCGGCCAGACGCCUUCCGAGCCCUGGGGCGAUUGCGCCACUCUCUACAGCUGAAACUGACCGGCACUAUGCUGGAGGAGCUACCCCCCGGCCUGCUAGCUCCUCUGUCUCGGGUCUCCCAACUGUCUGUGGAUCUGCGCGACAACAGACUAGUCUCGCUCAGCCCCGCCGAUCUCUACGGCAACGCUACCGACUGGGAAAAUCUCGGCACCAAACUUAUCUCAGGAGGUCUGCUGCUGAGCCAGAAUCCUUGGGUCUGUGACUGUGGCUUGGCCUGGCUCGGCCACUGGCUCAGGCGGUGGCUCAGAGAAGUUCUGCAGAUUCACACUGCACCACUAGACGUCGCUCAGCAUGUUCUCAUGACGUCACGGGAGGUCACCUGUUCGCAUCAGGUCACUGGAAGAAAGAUCCCACUGCUCGACCUGUACCCGAACUGCCAGGCGAGUGCUCUCAGCAUAGCUUCGCUCACCCUUCGGACGCCGUGUUUGGAUAUUCCCUGUUUCAUGUUUUCAAUGCUCUGGUGGAGUUUGAGAUGUUGCCGUAUCUAGACUGUUGAUGUUGACUAGCUGCUUCGUGUAUUUAUUGUAAAUAUUGUAUCAUACUGUAAAAUAAAGUAAUUUUGGUUGUUUAA